AUGGACACCAGCGCCAGCGCCAUCGACCAGACCCCUCUCUCCGCAUCCCCCACCGAGCGCCGCGAUUCGCUCGAGAAACACCUCCAGCAUCGCCCGGACGUCCAGGACCUGAAAGAACGACACAUCCUCCUCGACACUAAUGUGGCUCCAUCCCUCCAAGCCGCCCACCAGGACCUCGCCCGCCACCGCAUGGCCGACGACCUGAAGAAGCACCUCGAGCACCGACCCGACCGCGAGGAACUUGUUGAGCGCAACAUCCUCCCCUCGUCGACCGCCGCCCCCGCCCUGCAAGCCAACGCCCGGGAGCUGGAGAAGCACAUGCUGGCCGAUCAUCUUGACCAGAAGAUCGGGGCCCGGCCGGCGCCGGAUGAGCUGAUCUCGCAGGGGAUACUGACGGAGGAAGAGGAUCCGCGGUUCCCGACUGUUUAG